AUGGACUGCCCUCGCUACGACGGAAGGAUACAAGUUUUCCACUCCGCAGUUUCGACUUUUUUUGCACCAAGCGACCUGAGUGGAGUUGGAGGGAUGAAACGCGAGCACAUUCGCAUGUCCCCCAAAUGGAGGAACAGACAUGCGCGCAAGGAUUGCGUGUUUGUUAUUACUGACCCGAAUAUUCCCGGAAUGCGGGGCAUGGACAUAGGUCAGGUACUCACGUUUUUUUUUUCCUUUCGACUUAGAUGUCAGUACUAUCCAUGCGCGGUCAUCCGGUGGUUCAACCGAAUCGACGAUGCGCCAGAUGAAGACACCGGAAUGUGGGUAGUGUCACCAUCUUCUGAUGGUAACCACGCACACUAUGCAGUGAUUCACGUGGAGGCUAUUUUUCAUUCCGCACAUCUUAUUCCGGUCUAUGGUACUGAACCGCUCCCCUCGUCAAUUCAAUCUUAUCAUGUUCUCGAUAUAUUCAACCUAUUCUACGUGAACAAAUAUGCGGAUCAUCAUGCCUUUGAGAUAGCUUGGUAG